GGAGGAGUAGACCUAUCCCCCCCCUGCCCGGUACUUCGCGCGCCCUUGGAGAUAGUAGGAUGUCUCUUCCACCGACAGUUCCUAACGACAUAUCUUCCCCCAAGGCUUACCUUAUAGGGGGCUGCGUUGAGGGCCCGCUGUUGGGAAUUAAUAUUGCCUUAUAUAUCAUGUACGUACGGAUACUGUCCAAGAACCUGUCUUUACCCAAGAAACUUCUCAUCGGACUCGCUACCGUCCAGCUCGUGUCGGCAUUCGCUCAUUAUAUCACAAUCAUGAUGGAUUUGAUCUCUGGAUUCAUAACUUAUGUCGAUGGUCCCGGUGGGGCGGACGCAUACUUUGGAAAUACGACUCGAGCGCGGUACGUUAUUGCCAUCUUCUUUUUCUCCACAAAUUAUAGCAUAGGAGAUGCGAUACUGGCUUGGAGAUGCUACGCCGUGUGGGGUCAUAAUCGGCUUAUCGGAGCAUUCUUCACCGUUCUCGUUAUUGUCGCUUUUAUCUGUGGGUAUACAAGUGCCGCCCAUAUCGCCACGCUUGGCAAGAAUCGAGACCUCUUUGCCGACUACCAAUGGGCCGUCGCGAUUUUCGCGAUGUCUCUUAGCAUUCAAGUACUUGCAUCUUCCAUGGUCGUCUACAAAAUCUGGCGCACCUCCAUUUCGAUGUACCAUCUCUCAGCCGCAUGGAUCAUCGUCGAAUCUGGUCUCAUCCUCACUAGCGCGACUGUGUCUGUUCUUGUACUAUUUCUGCUAAAUAUGCAGGCCGGGCAAAUUCUCUCUUGCGUCCUCACUCAACUCAGUCUUGCGGUUCCAUUAUCCAUCGCCAUCCGCGCUGCCAGCAAAUGGGCCAAUGACCACAAGCAGAGCCUUCCUUUGUCCGGGUACACCACAGUCGCCGAGGCGGGGAUGAAUUCUCGACGUGGUGAACGGACUAUUGGUACUGGAGCAUCCAUGGGCAGCACUAUCGCGAUGGCGUCCGAUACCGAAAUCAAGGUAGAUAUGUCAUCAAUGGACCUACCAUCUUUGACGGCUUGAGACGGGUUCUGCGAAAGCUGUCUGCAUUCGUGCCGCAAUCGUAUCUCGUGCAGUAUAUUUGUCAUGGACAUUCCUCCCCCCUCCCCCUUCUCUCCUAUGCUUCUCGCCGACCGUGCUUCGUAUUAUCUAUAUCCCUGCUUAGGCUCUGUAUCUAGCUAGAUGCUUUGCGCAAUGCCUCCUUUGAGGCCUAGCCCGUGACGUAAAUCAGUGCCGAU